GAAAGGUUAUGUUUUUGUGUAAAAUAUUUUUCAAAUAAUUAUAACAUUGCUCCGUUGAAUUUAAACAAACAAAAUGAAAUUUAAACAGAAGAAAUCGUCGAAAUCGAUCUUAUCCGAUAAAAUCGCAGAUGCCCUAACAGUGAGACCUAGGGCGGAUAUCGAAGAUGACCAUAUAUUUAACACAAAACCGAAUACCGUUUCACGUGCGGAUUACUCUUCUGAAAGUGAAGAUGAGGCUGCUAUUAGCGAUUUUAGAAAGCGUACUGCAAAUUUGCUAAGUGAUAUUAGUAAAAAAUAUGAAGGGGAAGUUGUAUCUCGGAAAGAACUUGAAGACAGUGUUAACAGUUCUGACCUAAGUGACGGUGAAAGCAAUUAUGCCACCUCAGGUAAAGGUUUGGAUGACAGCAACAAUGGUUUAAGUGAUGAUGAUCUACCAGGCAAGCAUGAAAUGGCUAGAAGUAGUAAUGGUUCUGAAGAUGACAGUGAAAAUGAUGAUGACGGCGAAAGUGCUGAUUAUAGCAUACUGAAAACAGAAUCUAAAACAAUACCAAAUAAGUUACCGGGCAAAGUUGAUGGUACAAGCAGUGAUGAAGACGGUGAAGAAAAUGACUAUAGUAUGAUUAAAAAACAAAUACAGGGUGAAUCUGAUGAAGAUCAGUCUGAUGCAAGUGGAGAAGAAGAAGAAGAUGAAGAAGAAGAUGAAGGAGAAGGAUUUGAUAUCAGUCAAUUGAAUGAGCCAGUGCAAGAAGAGUUUGAGCAUGUCAAAAGGCAAAACGUUUCUGAAGAGGGAAAGAAAGGAGCCUGUGUCAGAAAUCAGUUGUUAAUAUGGGAAAGUUUAUUAGAGAUGAGGAUACAUUUGCAAAGGUGUAUGAACACAGCUAAUAUGAUGCCAAUGUCUGAUAAAUAUGGGGAGUUAAAGGAUUGCAAAGAGUUUGCAGAAGAGAGUAAUGUUACUAUGAAUAAUGUUUCUACUGUUCUAGAUAAAUUUUUAACACUGCAAAAUCUACUUUUGAAGAAUUUUCCCGAUACAAAAAAGAUAUCAAAUAAAAAUCAAAUGGAGAAAAAAGCGAAUGCUAAAGAAGAAAGUGAUGAAGAAAUUCCAAGUGACACAGACAAUGAAGAAAUACCAUCGGACACAGAACCUGAAGAUGACGUUAUACAAGAAAAAAGUAAACCAGGAAAAACUAAAAGCAUUAAAACAAUGCAAAAAAAGCGUAAACUUGAAGACUAUGAAAGUGACUUAAUCACAUACCAUAAAGGUUUGAAAACCUUUAGGGAAACAACAAUACAGAAAUGGAAUGAGAAAACACGCUUAACAACAGCAGCUAAUAUUAAAAAUACACCUACAAAUACUAUACUGCAGCAAAUAUCAUAUAUUUUAUCAGAUAGAAAUAAACUAAUACGAAGGACGCAAUUAAAGCGAUCUGAUUACGACAUUAUUGGCUAUAAUAAGUCAACAGAAAUUGAAAAGAGUGAAGAAAUAAACAUAGGAGAAAAUGGUAUGACAAAAGAUCGAAAAGACAAUGAUGAAUACAUAACAGAAAUAUUUGAUGAUAGUGAUUUUUAUCACCAACUGUUAAGGGAACUAAUUGAAUGCAAAUCUGCGGAUAUAUCGGAUCCUGUCCAACUCAGUCGGCAAUGGAUAGCCUUGCAACAAAUGAGGAGUAAAAUGAAAAGAAAGGUUGAUACAAGAGCAACUAAGGGACGAAAAAUUAAAUAUGUUGUACAUAAUCCACUCGUAAGUUAUAUGGCCCCAGAGAAAUCUUUGAAAUGGAAUGAAGAGAGUACUAAUGAAUUAUACAGUUCGCUUUUCGGUAAAAUAUUUGAAAACAACAAUGUAGGCAUGAAUGUUGAUCUAGAAAAUGUUAACAUUAAAUAAUAAAAAUUAAUUUUUAU